ACAGAAGCCGUUGCUAGUGAUAAAACCGACCUAAUUGUUUGCUGCGUCUUAGCACCAGACAUACCCAACAAGAACAAAGGAGUUUCCCACAUUAUUAAACAUGCGUAGACAGCCUGCCAUCAAGAUCCUUUUUUUGCUGGCCUUUGCGGGAAAUGGUAUUUGCGUGGAGCUGGACCUAAAUGAAGUGGUUAAAUUUUAUAUCAACAAGAUGGGUGCUGAGAACGUUGAGUCGUACAGCCUCGGCUCUGAUUAUCCCUAUUGGACCAAGGAACGGCAUCCUAAAUACCCCAUAACUGCACGGGUCACAAACUUCAGCUAUUCGAAGGCAGAGUACCUAGACCUAAAUUUCAGAUCGACAGUUUGCCGAGACAAAUUCGUUUGGAAGUUCAAUAGUGUCUUAUGGAGCCCUUGCGUAAUCCCAGUUGACCAGGUCAUUUAUGGUAUGCACGAGGGUAAACCGACGCUUCUGCCUGUUCAAUUGCACCUGGACAAUCGACCAUCAAUAGAGUGGGAGCCUCAGAAAUGGAACAUAACAGAUGGUCCAGUAACGAUAAGUUUAGUUAAGCAUUCAUGCGAAUUCAGAGCAGAGGUGCUCUUCGAUGGCUGGUUUGUGUAUAAAAUGAAGCAACAAGUGGGAAUACAAGACAACCUUGGGUACGUUGCAGAAGGUGUUGACAAGCUUGCCAACGAGUCCUUAGGGCUCGUCGAGAAAGGUGAUCACCUGUUAGAAUACACGAUGACUGGAAUGUAUACACACACUAUGAUUUGUAGCCCAACCAGAAAUAUAAAAGAAGUGGUGGAGUGCAUUGAUCCAGAAUAUAAACGCAUUAUUGAUGGGCGUUAACGAAGUAGGCUCCAAAUGAAUUGCGUAUAAUCUGAUGUGAAUAAUAAUAAAUAAUUGCACA